CCCUGACUCUGCAACAUCAUAAAAUGCAGCCCGGCGUCCUUUAUUCCCCGAUACGAUGAAGUGCGGCUAUGCCACUAUAGCCCGAAGGCCUUCAGCCCUCCGGAUGCGUGGGAAGACGCCCCUGGGUCUCGAUCAUUUCAUCCAGAGGCAACGCGCACUGGCUCUAUGGAGAGAUAUUCUGCGCAGCACGGCGUCGAUCUCGGACAUGUCGACAAGAAAGGACAUGCGGCAAUUCGCCAGAGCGGAGUUUGAGCACCACAAGCACGCUACCGACAUCAGCCAUAUUCGAUACCUGAUAUCGCAGACCGGAAGGACGCAAUUCGACUCGAUGAAGAGCUCACUAAUCAAUUCUGGCCUCCUAUCCUGAACCCUAGCUCCCAGCAAUGGAGGUAGACUGGAAAUAGCGACA